AUGGCGGCGCAGGCUCUGGCGGGGAAAAUUCUCUUUGAACUUCAAGCGGCUCCACGCGCGUCAGUCUAUGCGCGCGUGCGGGCUACCCGCCUGGUUCGGGGGAACCCGCCGGAGCCAGAGACGGUCGAGGUGUUCGAACGCCAGGCCUGGCGGCUCGCGCUCGCAAAGUGCCGUUUGGAGCUAAGCUCCCAUGCCAGCGAACGCGUUCCCAGGGCUCUCCUGCAGUACUUCAAAAGAUGGCGGGAGAGGGGCUUUGGUAGGCUCACCUACCGAGCGACACAGGUAUUCACCGGGCAUGGUUGUUUCGGCGUCUACCUGUGUCGCAUAGGACGGGAAGCCACGGCAGCCUGUCACCACUACCACGAGGAGGAGCACUCGGCGCAGCAUACACUGAAGGAAUGCCCCGCCUUUUCAGCGCUGCGCCGAGUCCUAAGGGCCCAAAUCGGGUAUGAUCUCUCGCACCCAGCAGUAGUUGGGGCUAUGCUGGUGAGCGAGAAGAACUGGAGGGCGGCGGUCUCCAUUUGCGAAGAGGUUAUCUCGCAGAAGGAAGCCGCAGACGGGUCCGGGGGCGGUGGCGCCCUGGAUAAGGAUAGUGGCUGGCGGUGGGGACGGCUAGAAUGA